AGUUCUUUCAAACUGGGUCCUACCCGUGUCCUAAAAGGCCAUUGAAAAGGAAAAUAAAAGACGCUGAGACAUCAGUUUAUAGCCCUGCGCAUGAGCAGUGACCCGAGGGGAGAGGCCAGGGCGGGGCCUGAGCGUGGAGAUUCGGCGCAUGCGCUCAGCGCGCUCAGUGCGCCUGCAGCCGGGAGCAUGUCGGCCCCGUUCGAGGAGCGCAGUGGGGUGGUUCCGUGCGGGACGCCGUGGGGCCAGUGGUACCAGACCUUGGAGGAGGUGUUCAUUGAAGUUCAGGUGCCGCCAGGCACUCGCGCCCAGGAUAUCCAGUGCGGCCUGCAGAGCCGGCAUGUGGCGCUGGCGGGCAAACUCUUUGAUUCUACAAUAGCUGAUGAGGGAACGUGGACUUUGGAGGACAGAAAAAUGGUUCGUAUUGUUCUUACAAAGACAAAGAGAGAUGCAGCAAAUUGUUGGACUUCUCUUCUAGAAUCUGAAUAUGCAGCUGACCCUUGGGUGCAAGACCAAAUGCAGAGAAAACUUACAUUAGAGAGAUUCCAGAAAGAAAAUCCUGGUUUUGACUUCAGUGGAGCAGAAAUCUCAGGAAACUACACUAAAGGUGGACCAGAUUUCUCAAAUCUUGAGAAAUAACAGUGUUUUGGUUUUUUUGGGGCUGCAUUCUGUGGAUCCUAGCGGAUGUUGCCAUCUUGAUCAAAGGAACAGAUUAUGUGGUGGAAGAAAAAUGUGGAUGCCUACAGUUAACAAAUUGCAAAAUAUAUUUAUAUAAUGGUUCUAAAAAUUGCAUUCAAAUGUGAUUUACGUUGGAAACAUGUUAAGUACUAUGGGAACUAUUCUAUUGCUGUAUGGUAACAUUUUUUGGACUUGUUUUUGCUCAGCAUGAAAUUUUAUAUGCUGCAUUUUGCUAAUUUCAUAUUUAACAUAUUUUUACUACAAAAACAUUAGGGUAUAAAUCAUGUGAAAUGACAGGGUGACUUCAGAGAAAAUUAGGUUUUUUUUUUUUUUUCAAUAAGUGUGAUGCAGAAAUAAUGUUCAAUAAACUUUUCUAAAUAGGAAUUUUGUACCCCUUUGUCUAAAUACACCAGUUCACACAAGGGAAUUACAUUACUGAAAAAAAUUUUAAGAAAGGGAAACAGUACACAGAUAUAUUCUACGUUAAUUUUAGGAGUUAAUGAAAACUUCGGAAUUAGUAUAUUAUUUCUCAAGGGAUGGCUUUAUGUCAAAUUGAAAAAUAAGAAUGGUUUAAUACAGAAAAGAUUUGGUGAAGUGAAUAUGGUUAUUGGGUGAGUCCAUUGUUAGUGACAAAAAAACAAACUAGAUUCAGUUGAUUAUAAGUCAGUGACAUCAUUUUGAUCUUCAAUAAUCCAGACAUAUAGGUAAGAAUUGCCUUGAAAUUUUAUUUCAUCUUUUUAAUCUUUUUAGUCAAAAUGUAAACAAUCUCAAAUGUAUAGAAAAGUUACAAGUAAAGUACACAUUUUUUUUUUUUCUGAACUGUUUGUGUAUAUGUUCAUGACAGGAUGCCUGAUCACCUCUGAGUACCUUAACGUGUAUUUCCUUGAAAGAACACAGUCUUAACAUAAUUCCUAAUACAACCAUUAAAAUCAAGAAAUUAUCAUUGACACCUUGUGACCCUCUAAUCCUCAGAUUUUCAUUCCAUUCAAGUUUAACUGAUGAUUGUCCCAAUAAUGUCUUUUAGAGUAAAAUGACCCAGUCAGAAUCAUGCCUUUCCUUUAGAUGUCACAUGUCUUUAGUCUGCUUCAAUCUGGAACAAGUCCUCAUUUUUUCCAAACUUUUACAACCUUGGCACUUUGGAAGGUUGCAGGCUAGUUUUGUACAACAUCCCUCUUUUUUUUCUGUCUCAAAUUUCUUCAUGAUUAAAUUCAGGUUAUGCAUCUUUGGCGAAAUGUUACAGACGUGAUACUGUGUCUUAUUGCAUCCUAUGAUGAGUUAAUAAUUUCAGUUUGUCCUUUUUUUUACGGUAUUUACUUAGAUCACUGAUUAAGUGAUGCCUGCCAGUCUUCUCCACUGUAAAGCUAUGCUUUUUAUGUUUAUAAUUAAGUAUUUUAUGGAAUGUAGUUUCAAAGUCUUACUACCUUGUUUCUCAUCAAACUUUCAUUUAAAUUUU